UAAAGAUCGUAUAAAUUGAAAUAAUUGAUUUAAACGAGAUAUUUACAUCUGAUCAAGCUAUUAAGUAUUCAGUUAAAGUAUAUCAAGUUAAAGUUUUGUAAAUAUUUAUUCUCUAUCUUUUCCGAUAAAGUUUACACACUAUUCGAGUGAUCUUGGCAUGGUACUCCAGAUUGAUAAUGAAUACUUAAAACGAAACGAGAAGUAAAUUACCAGGAAGAUCAAAUAUUUCCACUAACUAAUACAGAAACAGCUCGUCAUUGACAAGAUUAUAAUGGCGGAGUGUUAUGAUGCAAGGUCAUCGAAUAAUGAAGGCAGGAGAGACACAACCCCGAUGGAAACAGAUACGAGAACAGCCACUGAUCAUUUAAUAACAGAGAUUCAUCGAAUCAUCGAACUAGUAGAUCCUGCAAGGGGCGAACUUACUAAACUUAAAAAUGCACCAAAUUAUCUACAAGAAAAUAAGUCGCAACAUGAUAGCAGUGAAAUCUUUGAUUUGCAAAGAAAACUUCAUGUGGCUCAGGAAAAGAUUUCAAAGCUUGCCGAACAACUUGAAAAGAUUCGAAAGUCAUACAAGACGAAAUCAACAGAUCUAGAUAGUGCUAAUGCAACAAUACAAAAUCUUGAAUCGUCAAUCCGAAGUUUGACAGCACAGAAGGAUGAACUGAAAGCUAAUCAUAAGGAAGAAGUUGAUGCAUACAAAGACGUUAAUUAUGAUUUAGAGAAGCGGCUGAAAGAAAAGGCAACACAAGCCAAUGAAUUGAAAAGAUCCAAAGAUGAACUGGUAGAAAAUGCAAAUGCUUUAAUAAGAGGCAAAGUGGAAGAAAUCACAAGAUUGAACGAAUCUUCAAAACAGUUGAAGGUAGAGAAAAGCAACGCAGAAAAAGAGCUUUCAGAAACAAAAUCCAGGUUGAGUAAACUGAUGGGUGACAAACUAUCCAAAAACAAUCCCGAUAUUGCAGAUCUAAGCGAUGACUUUAGACCAACAAAACUUGCCGAGAAAUAUCAGGAGCUAUAUGAUAAUCAGUGGACAGAUGCUUUUGAAAAGGCUGAGGAGUUUUUCUUGAAUGAGAAGGAAAAAACAAGAAUUACUGUUUUAUAUAAAAUAUUACAGCAUGUGUAUAAAUUCUGUAAAGAUGAGGUCGUGAAUCAAGAUACAGACUUUAUGGCGGCAAUGUUUAGAACACACAAAACGAAAGAGUUAAGCUCUGCAAUACCAGAAAACAUACAAACAAAAAUUAAAGAACUGAAACGGUAUGCAGUGUCAAAGUCUACGGAAAAUCUGCUUGAGAAAUAUCUUGGAAACUGCGACAAGACAAACAAAAUUGGACAGUUUACCGAAAAUUCCAGGGAUUUUGUGAACGAAUGCGUUAAUUUAUGCUGGCAUAUGGUCAAUCAAAACCCCCCUGUUGUACUUCAUCUAAAUGUACGUGAUGGUGAUAAGUUUGAUGGCAGUAUGUAUAAACACUAUACAACGACUGGAACAGUUGUUGACUUCGUCGUUUGGCCUGCUCUCCUGCUUUGCGAAAAUGGAUCUGUUCUUUCAAAAGGUGUUGUUCAAUGCGUAAAAUUACUUCAAGGCUCACAAUCUGUGAGAACAAGGUCCAAAAAGGUUACUGCCACUGGAAUGGAUGUACCAUCUGGUUCUUUACGAUUAACGAAUACAGUAGCACAAGGUGGUGUAGCAGACCUGCGGCAGACUAAGGCGCAAUCUGAAUUAAAUCAAAAUCAUGGACAUAAUAUGAAACGAGACCAGACAGCUAAAACGGAGAAGGUCCACAGUGAAAUAAAUGUGAAACUUAGGUUGCAAACUGACAGUACUGAGAAACCAAUGGAAAAUGAGCAAUUACAUAACCAGCACUCAACUAUGAAGAGCUCUCAUCAGCUUAUACCGACAGACAGCCAAUGUAAAGAAAAUCAGCAAAUAUCCCGGGACUCAAAACAAGCAACCGGUGAAGUUGUCAAUGAUAUGCAGAAAUCUUCCGAAAAUAUCCAUCAAAAUGAGACAGCUUCCGAUUACGUCCAUGAAUUUCAGAGACAUGAGGAUCGUUCUCCACAAACUCAAUUCAAAGCUGCUAGUUUUCAACAGUAUCAACCGCAUGCCGGUAACGUCAGGCAGAUACAACCGAACAACUUCCAUAAUAAUUUUCCAAACAACGAAAACGUUUCUCAACCACAUUGUGGAACAUUCAAACAGUACCAAUCAAACACAGGUAUUUCGGAGCAGCAGCAUCAACAACAGCAGCAUUAUCAUCAUCAACAACAGCAACAGCAACAACAUCAUCAACAACAACAGCAGCAGCAACAACAACAACAGCAUCAUCAUCAACAACAACAGCAGCAGCAGCAGCAGCAGCAGCAGCAGCAGUUUCUUCAACAGGUGUCAAACACUGGUGUCGGUCAAGCUCCUAGCAUGCAAACUUCCGCGCAAGCAACGUACGGUAAUGAGCAUCAACAACCAUUGGUAAUCCCUGCUCAUUAUCAGCAAGAAUUUGAUUUGUUCAUGAGAUAUCUAUGUUCUGGUAAUUUACAACAUGCAAGAUUUAAUAUGGGAGAACAAGCCUUUAACAGAUGUGUGUAUUACUAUAAUUUGAUUUAUUCUGUACAGAAAAACUAGACUUGAUUGUAAUCUAUGUUAGCCGAACAUAGGGAUAAAAAUGCGUUUUUUUUCUGCAAAAGUUGAUAAUAAAUAUGCUCCAUUUUUUAAACUUACAGCCAGUUUUCCAUAAAAAGAAACAACAAACUAACACACAAACAGAUUUCUUUUCUAAAUUCUCGAGUUUAUAUUGCUUUUAAAGCACAUCGCGAAAUAAUCAGAGAUAUUUACUCGUGUUAGAUGAAAAAUGUACGUUAUUUGACAUUAUAAUUUACCAAUUUACAGAAAUGUUGAAUGAUCAUUUAAUAAAAAAUUCCGUUGCUAGAAAAAUAUGUUCCAUAUCGAGAUAAUGAGUUUUCUCCCCUGGUCGCUCUGCUGACGUAAUAUUAUAGCAAACUGUUUUACAAUAUUAAAAUGUUGAUUCGUUAUAGUAAAAAUAACACAUGUCUCUCAUUGAGUGUAAUAGAGCAUAUUAGCAACCCUUGAACUGAACUUCCACCCUCGGCUCCUAGGGUGUUAUUUCAUUUCUUAGGUUGCAAAUAUGCAUUAUCACCAUAAAUGACAUGUGUAAAUUUAAUUUCAUACUUUAUAAAUGAUAUGUGGUUCUGUUCAACAAUUGUUUUGGGAUAAACAUUUUCAAAUAGCACCUUAUCAACUCAAUUCUCAACUCAACAUCCGUGAUAUAAGUCACAAGCCCUUGACACAUUAAAACAUGGCAUAACUAAAAGUAUUGUUAUUAAUGUCGUUGUUCACAAUGCCGUAAUACAAAUAUAACAACAUUAAAAAGUCAUAUAUCAACAUUUAAGGUGGAUAUUAUUUAACAUAUAUCCCAUCAAUGUGAUUGUAACAAAUUUGGUAUGUAUCGUGUUUGCCUCCCCCUUAACUAAGUACGUAAGGACAUUUGCAUAACGUAACUAUAUUUUGUUUUAUAAGGUUUAAAUCUCAGCUUUUUAUUU